AUGGGAGGUUCGAUGCUCGGCAUCCACCCUCAGCCACGGCCAGAGGCAGAGACUCAGUUUGUCACCAUUCUGCCACAGGAUCAGUCCAUCGACGAGGAAGAAAGCAUCAUAUACGAUUUUGACACAAGUUUUACCAUGCUCAUUCAAGUGAAGUCCUCGGUCAACGGUUUCUUCUUGUUGCAAAGAUUGGAUGGUGGGUCACCUCGACUGGCAGAAGACAUUGGCCAGUGCGGCAAGAAAUACUACGCUGUCGGAACCAUGAACCACAACUACGCCGAGAGCAACGGGCUGCUCGAACAGGCCAUGUACAACACCAUCACAUCAACUGCAAGCGAAAAGGCGAAACCAACAGCAGAUGGUACAACAUGGAAGCAGCAGCUACCUUCUUCACCGACAUACCCGGACCAAGUCAUCGGUCCUUGGUUCUGGAACCGAUGA